GGUAGCAAAACCACACAACAAACAAAAGGAAAUAACAUAAUUUGGCCGCUUUCUGAUACAGGGCCGUCGCUGGGGAGGGGGGAGGGGGGAGAAAGCAUACUGUAGUGAUACCAAUUUAGAGCAGGAAUAAAAUCAUAAAAAGAGUGGGAUUUGCUGCAUACCUGACACAAUUUAUAUCUGCUUGGUGUCCCUCGAAACUUUGAACGCAUUGUCCGGUUCGAAUGUCCCACACACGGACAGUUUCAUCACAGCCCUGUUCAAUAAAAAGUCGUAAAUUCAAAAAUAAGAAAUUCAAAAGAACAAGAGGCUCCUUGCGAAAUGGAGGGGGCCAAUGGAAUAACAGUUCCCACAGUUUUCAGUAAAGCAUAUUGUUAAUGUUUUGCUUUAUGGCCUUACUUUAAUCCUGUACCCUUCCUGUAAAUUUGCUUUAAUCCAGAACAACAGGCCUAGCCAAGCACUGCUUCCAAGGGCCCUUCAAGCAUUGCAUCUUGAGAGGGAUAUGAUACUCCCAAAAGUCUUCGAAUAUAAGCCCAUUUUACCAUGUAAUAUUGUACCCUCCCCGACCGUCUUGACAUCACCCGAAAAUCAUAUGUCCUGGUCGGGCCCAAUAAUUCAAAUAUUCGAAUUUGUUUCCAAAUACAAUUGUUAGUACAUAGCAAGUGAAUUUUUGUGAAUGGUUUUUAUGUCAAAUGAUCCUCUAAAGUGUCGUUUGUUUAUGAAAAUAGCAAAUUAUCACUGAUUGUAAGAUAUCAUCUUUGAGACGAUAUAGACAGCGUUAUUAAAAGAGAUUGACCAUCCUGAUCAAUCGUCAACUUUAUUCUCUUCAAAGAAUCAUUCUGACGUUUUCAGAUUCUGAAGUGAGUACGACAAAAACGUUUCAAGUAGCAUGAAAUUGUUGUCCGGUGAAGUCCUAUCGCUUUCAACCAUCGUAAAGACUUUAUAACAAAUUUUGAUUUCAUAUGCUGGUUUUUGCGUCCAAAUCAUUAUUCCGGUAUCUUUGGGGUAGAGUGAUAAGGGGGGAAGGGUCUGUAGGGGAAGGGUCUGUAGGGGUGUCUCACCGCCUCUACAGGAUUGAAAUAGGUGGACUGAAAACAAUCUACAAUGCAGACGAGUUGAUCCUGAUUGUUGAAAAUAUAACAUUUUGUUUAUUUUUCUUACAAUGGUUUAGAAAAGUCAGUAUAUUCUCAUCAAGAGUUGGUCCUACCUAAGGUCACACACACCCACAAAAUUUUCUACUUUUAGACUAGUUUCACUCCUUAGUAUCGACAAAAAGGAAAUGAUACUUACAGCGGAAACGAAGAUGGCACCACCAAUCUUUGAUGAAAAGUGAAGGCUAAACAAUAACAAUGGAUAUUUUUAAGGAUAAGGAUUAAAUAUGAGAUUAAGUGGAGCAAGAUCGUAAAUGAAGCUUCUAAAAAAGUUCUGAGAUUUAGAAAGAGAGGGAUUUUAAGCCUGAAGCGGACUACCAUUAGACAAGUUGACUAGCAAAUUUGUGACAAGUCGGAGAGAAAUUUAAAAGAAGGUACAAGAGUUUAACUAUUUUUGACGAAUUUCAGUCAGAUAGAGUACAGUAGCUUUUGCACCAUCUCAAAGAAAUAAGAAAAAUUAAUUUGGCAACAAACACUGCAAAGUAACACAUUCUCUCGGAGAUAUGAUAACAAAUUUCCUAGCAUAAACAUUUGGUUGAAAUCUACUUCAAGACAAAUCAUCACAUAUUUAGAAAAUAUAGUUAGUAAAGCAACUAUGGUGCAAACAACGUUACAAACCUCAAUACGUCCGCUGUGUGGCCUUUAAAAGCUCUUAUCAUCGUUGCUGAUUCAACAUCCCAAAGAGCACAUGUCGUAUCACCGCUUCCUGUCAAAAUCUGCAUUAAAAAAAGAUAAAUGAAUUGCUUUUAAUGAAUGCGACUGCUUUUAAUGUACAACCCCGGGAAACAAUGAAAACGCGAAAUCACGCGGGAUUCUGCGUGUCUUCGACCAGUUCGAAUUUAGCGAUUUUUCAUUCGCCAAUAGAAUCAUAAAAUUCGGAGGUUGAACAGAAAAAAUUUCAACUUUUAACUUGAUUACUGAAACAACUGUUAAUUUUUCAACAACCACUUGAAAAAUGAAAGUGGCAUCACCGUUGCUGGACAAGCUGCAUCUUCAAAAAACCUACUGCUUGCUGCCAGGUCGUAAUGUGAAACUCGUUUACGAAUUUUUCAAACUACUUGACAUCCACAACCAAAGUUCGUUGAACGAUGUACAGUUUUUGACGUUGAUGAAACAUUUUACGGACCUGGAUGAGAGCCACAUAUACAAAGUAUUUGAUAUGCUGGACACUGACUGUUCGGGGUCCAUUGAUUUCAAUGAGUUCUAUCUACUCGUAUGCAUUUUGAUAGCGGUGAAGGACAAUAUGAUUAAAUCUUUUAUUUACAGGCAUUCUAGGACGGUUUUUGAUCUGCUGGACGAAGAUAACAGCGGCAGUAUAUCUGCACACGAGUUUGAAUCUUUUGGGUUUUUGUUCAACAUGCAUAAGGACUGCAUAAGGGACAUAUUCGCAGAAUUUGAUGUCUCCGGCGACCAAAACCUCGAUUACUCCGAGUUCAAGAUGUUCGCCAUGGAGUGUAUUGAUCGGCAGCUCGACCGAGAAACGGAAAAGAAGGGAAUGUUGGAGUCUGGAAAUUGUCAGAUACUUUGAGCCUCUACAUUGAUGACUAAUCUAAAGUUCCUCCAAAGAGCUGCAAUCGUUGUAAAAAUGUCGGGAAAAGCUGCACACAGUUAUGAACAGUUUAAAAAAUUGUUUCCAAUCCCCUGCAAAAAUUUCAAUUUUCGAUACUUUAUACCUGUGAAAUCUGAUUAAGAAAAAUUGUCUAAACCCCUGUACUUAAUUGAACGAAGUUUUGUACGGGUGGGGAAGAAGUAUUUCGCAGCAACAUUGAUAACUUUAGAAAGUAGUUUUACUCUGGUGUCAUCAACUUUUGAACCGGGCCGUCGCUAGAUGCCGUGCUCAAGUGGAAAGAGGGGUGGCCUGGCCCAAAGUGAGCAAGUCAUCUCCUGUUUGCCGACAAUUUUCAAAAUUUGCCACUAGAUAGAAAAAACUCCACGAUUUUGCAACGGAAAGCGGGUGUCACACCAAACGUACCUUCUAUCUGGCCUCCCUUUAAACCUGAUUUUUUUGCGGUGCUUCAACUUUUUUUGGCAACAGUUCUACUUACAGGUUAUCACCUCAAGUUCAAAAUCCCAUUUAGUACAAUCAUUAGACGAGAAAUACUCAAAACGACAACAAAAAUCCCACAUUCUCAAGGCAACCUUACUCUUGCAUUUGAUUUCUUCAAGAAACUUGAUAAAAUAUAAAAAUUUCCUAUGAAAUUUAUUCAAAAUAUUGAAAACCAAACUUGAUGUUUUUUACCUGAUGAUCUGACUUUGUGAAGGAGCAGCACGUAACAUGACUUGCAUGCGUGGCAACAUGUUUUGGCUCACUAUUUUCAUUUUCAAUGAGACUAACAUUGUAAAUGGUGCAGCGAUUGUCGAGCCCCCUGUAGAAAAGAAAGGUACAUUUUUUAUAUCGUUUAAUUCUUUUAAAAAAUAUUUUUAGUAUCCAGCUUUCCUUUCCAAUUAUAAAUUCAGGUUUCUGACGGGGUUAAUUUAAACUUCUGACUGGGUAUCAUUUCAAAAUCUUGUCCCUAAGACCCCACAUUACUACCCUUACAUUGAAAAGCAACAAUUGGUUCAAUGAAAAGAUAGAACUUUACUUUUUGCAAAACGAUUCUCAAAAUAAUUAAUGAAUUAUGUAGGCACAGGCUAUUUGAAUGCAUUAGUUUCUAUCUCACUUUGCCUGGCUAUGUUCAACUUAAUGAAAAUCAACUCUACUUCUUCAUAUAGUCUAUGCCUUUUAUCUGAUAUUCAACUACAAACAAUCUAUAGUGUUCAAAAAAGCGAAAUCCUCUUUUCACAACAUUGCUUCCAAUCGUGCUGACACGACGGAAUGCGAACUCUCGUCCUCAGUCUCUUUUAAUGAUUCUAGCUCUGCAUAUUCCUUACCCGCAUGCAGUGAACUUCUGCGAUGGAGAAUACGCCAAGGCCAUCACCCAGCUACUAUUUGUCACAAUCAUGUCUUCCUAGAACAGAAGAGAAAAUAGAUUCAUUCGAUUCUUGAAAGCAGUUUUGCAUUGUACAUUUACAAAGCGUUGGGAAAAGCGUUGCGUAAAUCGUUGCGUAAAGCGUUGCAUAAACUCUCUCUAUUGACUCUCUUGCACCUAGAUAUAUCAGUGGCCUAUUCGUGAGAUUAUCCGGGGUACAUCCAAGAGUGUUAAGAAACUCUAAAACAGACCUUGCAAUACCCAUGUUGAGAACUGGCAAUGGCCAGAAAUCUUUUGCGUAUCGUGGGGCCAGUCUCUGGAACAGUCUCGAUUUUGACACAAAAAUGGCUCCCUCAAUCAAUGCCUUCAAGUCCAAACUCAAGGAAAAAUAAUCAUUUUUUAUAUAUAAAUCUUUGAUUUAGCCAUAUUCCGAACUUUUUAUUGUAAAUUUUAUUGUAUAUAACUUUUUAAUUUUGUAAGUAGUUUUUUGCAGGGUCAAUUGUAAAACAGUAUUUAGACUGAAUUUGUACCCUGGGUAAAUAAUUUUGAAAUGAAAUUAAAUGAAAUAAAGCAAUGCGUAAAACGUUGCGUAAAGUGUUGCGUAGAGCGUUCCUUAAGGGUACCGGGGUGGAGGAUUUUGACAGCUUGCUGAGGAUGUAUUAUCAUGGGUGCAAGUACAAAGCAGUUGUCUUAAAGAUAAUAUUGAUAGUAUUGAUAAUAUAGUCAUCAGUAUAUACCGUUUGCACUUAUCAGACACCACAUCAGAAAUUCACGAACGAGGAUAGGUGUUCGUUACUUUGUAGAAUCUGAUUUGCACUACGCGAAUCUAACACACGCCGCGAAGUGAUCUUUUUAGUCCUUGAGCAUAUCCAUACAAAUAUGUACAAACCUUGUUUGUAGUGUAUGCGUCCCAGAUUAUGAUUUUGCCAUCCUAGAGAUGAAAAUAAUAUUAACACAGCAUUAAGGACUUAUACUAUAGCUCAUCAAGUUGGUUCCUUCCUUUAGGGUUUAUUGAGUAGGUAUGUUUAUGGACGGGAGCUACUUCGAGGGCCGAAAGUCGAGGGACUAACCUUUCACAAUUUUUAAAUCCACGUAAUCUGACAGUUUACUUAGAAAAUGUAGUAAAUAAGGAACGCCGCGAGAACUCUAUCGGAGUCCGUAGAGCAGCCUGCCAUUGUGGUCUUUCUUUUAUUGACACACUCAAUGGUGGUGCCAGGGGAGGACUAGAGGGGGCAACAGCCCCUCCGUCGGAAGCAGCUAGCCCCCCCAUCGGAGUAAAUUUUAGGUUAUUGUCGGAACAAAUUUGAAAAAAUAACGUACGAAAACUGCUUAUUUUUAUCAUUUUGGCCCCCCCUGUCGGAAGUAAGAUUCAGUAUUCCAUUUUCCGUUAAAAGUGUUACAAGAGGGUGAGUAGGACGAGUGGUGAGGAGGACGAGUGGUGAGGAGGACGAUAAGGAGAGGGGGUGAGUUGGACCAAUUUGAUGUGGUUCCUCGUUAUAUGGUCUCGUGGCCUAUAAGCUAGUAAAAUGGGCUGUAAACAAGUUCCUCAUAUGGAACAGUAGCGCACGUAUAAAGUCUGAGGUUGCUUAAUGCCAUGGCACAUCUCAAGUUCUCAUCAGUUUUUCAGUUUUCAUCGUUCAUCAAUCAAUCCUAAAUACAAUUCUACAUAAUACACUACACCUAAAUACAUAAGAAAAUAUCGCACUACACAAAAAUAAAUUAAAAUUAAAGAUUACAGAAAAAGAACUUUACAUAGGUUAACUAAUCGAGAGAGAGUCAUAUAUUUUAUUACAACAUAUUUUAUUAGAAUCGAGAUAAAAUGUUUGCCAGGUUUUACUGAAGAGACCAAAUGAAUAGCAACAAUUUAGAGAGAUAUUCCCUAAACUACCUCCCUAGAAUACUCCCAGCAUUGGAUUUGAUAGAGAUUGGAUUCUUCAAUUGUUUCUAUUUGAACUUCGAUACAUGAAGUAAAAUCUUACAAACCUGAGAACUGCUGACAAGAUGCUGCCCGUCACUCGCCCAGUCUAACGCCAAGACUUUUGUUUGGUGUCCUUUUAACGUCCUUCUCGCCUUUAGUUGCAGAGGCUGGAGACUUGGCAUUGUCAACGAGACACUUUCAACUAAAACGUUGCCAGUGCAUUGAGUUAUCAGGAAGGAAUAUAAGAAAAAUCAAUGCAAUAACUGUUCAGAAUUUUGAUAAGCUUUAUAUCCUUGAAAGAUAAACAGAUAUAUUAUGACGAUCAAUAUUAAUUUACCAUGAGUAAAGAGACAUAACACUUUAAAAUUAAUUUCUAAGUAAUUAAUCUUUUGGCAAAUUAAUUACUUUGCUUUGUAGAAGGGAUACAGCUCUCUCUUGUUUAGAAAUUAAAGUCAGGUCCGUAAGUCUUAUUCACCAAGAUCGCCCCAAUCUAACCUAGAUUCCAUAUUUGUUUACAUUUGACAACCGGCCUAACCCAUCAAGUAAUAUGUUUCGUUUGAAUAAUUUCAACUCACGGUCAGCAUCAUAUAACUUUCUCUUCUCUUCUUCGAGCUUGCUUUUCAAAUGUUGUGCCUCCUUCGUUAGAGAUGCAAGCAUAUCCCCUCCAGACUCUGCUCUCUCUCUUUUUAUUGGUGCAAGGGGCUCGCUAGCCAUUUUCGCAUCUGGUCACCCGGAAGUCGUGCGUGAAGAA